AUGGCUACCUGGGUUCCUCCUCCUCCGGGUCAUUAUAAACUCCAUUUUGAUGAUGCCUCCAAGGGGAACCCGGGCACGGCGGGGGCUGGUAUGGCCAUUCUAGAUCAUAAUGCAGUUUUAAUAUCUGCUCAAUGUCAUGCCCUUGGUUUUCAUUCAAACAACUUUGCUAAAUGUCAAGCUCUGUCACUUGGGAUUGACAUGGCUAUUUCCCUUGGGAUCAAACAUCUUCACAUUCAGGGGGACUCAAUGGUUGUUAUCCAAAGUGUUUUGAAUUGUAAAAGUAAUUGUUGGUAUUUGAAGUAUUUAAUUGACCACAUCUUGGAGAAAUUAUCUUUUUUUGAUACCUAUAUGUUAUCUCAUUGUUUUCGAGAGUUAAAUAAACUGGCAGAUUUCCUGGCUAAUUUGGCAAUUGACUCGGCUGCUUUUUAUAAAAAUGUGGAAAUUGGUGACAUUCCUCAAGAUGUCCUCCUCGGGUAUAUGCCUCUUCCCGAAGAUUAA